CCUGCGCUGGCGGGUUCGGCGUUGUCAAUUUCAAAAAAAAGCCGCGAAUCCGGCGUCGGUUCCUCUGUUUUAAAAAACUUCUGGACGGUGUCGUGUUCUUGCUCGAGUUGGAUGAAACGGUUGAGUUUCUGCCGCCAAGUUUCGUUGAUCCGAUCCGGGAAUCGAGGUUGGAGCGAGGGCGGUUGGCCCGGCCUGUCCCGCUCGGUGCAGCCGCUGAGGGCUCCCAGCGCCGCAUGGAGCGACACCAGGGGCAGCGGCGCCGCUCUCCGCAGCGCGGCGACAGGUUCCAGCGAAAGAAACUCUUGGGAACUUCGGGCACCUGCGUCAGGGAGGCUGCCCUCGGGCCGCAACGUGAAGAAGCAGAAGGAAAGAACAAAUUCAACAUGAAUAUCAAAACAUUGACUGAUGAUGUGCUGGACAGAUUUGCAAGCAUCCGAAUUCUAGGCAGUAGGCGUGGUAGGCCGCCUCUUCCAAAUGUUAAACAGCCACAACUUCCCAGGAAUGACUGGUCUGGAAUAUCCCCAGAAAAUGAAAACUCAAAUCAGCUGCCAGAAAAGGAAGUGAUUUUACUCUUUGAAAAGAUGAUGGAAGAUAUGAACUUAAAUGAAGAUCGAAAGGCUCCUCUGCGUGAGAAGGACAUUCAUAUGAAAAGAGAAAUGGUUGUCCAGUACAUUGGUGCAGCUUCAAAUACAGGUGGUUUGAAGAACAAGCAAUACAGUGCCACGUUACCCCAUGAGUUCAUCCAUGAGCUAAAAACAGGCAUUGGAGAUGAAAGACUUCUUAAUUCUCUGGAAUCCCUUCGUGUUUCAUUGACCAGCAAUCCUGUCAGUUGGGUUGAAAGCUUUGGAAAUGAAGGUUUGGGUCAGCUGUUGGACGUCCUGGAGAAAUUGCUUGAUAAAAAGCACAAAGAAAUAAAUGACUUCAAGAGUCAGCAUAAAGUGAUUCAGUGUUUGAGGGCAUUCAUGAACAACAAGUAUGGAUUGGAAAGAAUCUUGGGUGAAGAGCGAAGUAUAUCCUUGCUGGCCAGAGCUGUUGAUCCCAAGCAGCCAAACAUGAUGACAGAUGCAGUCAAGCUUCUAUCUGCAAUCUGUAUUGUUGGCGAAGAAAAUAUCCUUGAAAAAGUUUUAGAAGCCAUAACUACAGCAGGAGAAGUAAGGAGAUGGGAAAGAUUUUAUCCCAUUGUGGAAGGUCUACAUGGCACCUCUGUGCAAUUGCAGGUGGCAUGUAUGCAACUCAUAAAUGCACUUGUGACCACUCCUGAUGAUUUAGAUUUCAGGAUGCACAUACGAAAUGAGUUUGCACGCUGUGGUCUGAAAGAUCUACUUCAAGAGUUAACAUUCAUUAAAAAUGAUGCAUUGGAUAUCCAGCUGAAAGUAUUUAAUGAGCACAAGGAAGAAGAUAUGGUUGAGUUUUCACAUCGCCUAGGAGAUAUUCGAACUGAAUUGGAUGAAAUAAAUGAUGUGUAUAGUAUGCUGUCUAAUGCAGUGAAGGACACGGAGGCUGAAAGUUACUUUCUUUCCAUUCUUCAACACUUGUUGUUAAUCAGGAAUGACUAUUUUGUUAGGCCGCAGUAUUUUAAGAUAAUUGAAGAAUGUGUUUCUCAGAUUGUGUUGCACCGCAGUGGCAUGGAUCCUGAUUUUACUUACCGCAGACGAUUAGAUGUAGAUUUUGAACAUCUUAUAGAUGUUUGUGUUGACAAGGCAAGGGUUGAUCAAUGUGAACAAAUGCUUUCAGAAUUGACUAGAAAGAUUGAUGAAGAAUUUACAGCUCGGCAAGAGGCACAGGCUCAAAUGCAAAAAAAAGGAGAAGAAAUCAAUCAGCUUGAAGCUGAAUUGCAGAGUCUCAGAGCUCAGCUUACAGGAUCAUCAAUAAAUCUUUUGGCCACAAUGUCCAGUGCAGAAAGUGGAGUGGCAAAAGACAAUUCUCCAUGUCAAAUUGGAGUGCCACCACCACCUCCAUUGGUAGCAGGAUCUGGAAUACCUCCUCCUCCUCCUCCUCCUCCUCCACCUCCUCCUCCUCCACCUCCACCUCCACCUGGAUUUACAGGUGGGCACUGCUCUCCAACUCCUCAUUUGCUGCCACAUGGAUUGAAAGCUAAAAAAGACUUCAAACUGGAUAUUAAUAUGAAAAGAAUCAACUGGUGUAAGAUCAGACCAGUUGAAAUGCCCGAGAACUGUUUCUGGAUAAAAGCAAGUGAAGACAAAUACGAAAGUCCUGACCUGUUUGCUCGGAUUAGUGCAAUCUUCGGUGCACAGAAACGAGGUGAAAAAGGUGAAUAUCAAGAAAGAAAAAAUAUCAAGAAGAAAAUUAAAGAGCUUAAGGUCUUAGACCCAAAGAUAGCACAGAAUCUGUCUAUUUUUCUUGGAUCUUUUCGGAUGCCUUAUGAGGAAAUUAAAAGGAUUAUUUUGGAAGUAGAUGAAGACCAAUUGACUGAGUCCAUGAUCCAGAACUUGCUGCACCAUCUACCAGAACAAGAACAGGUGGUUACCUUGGCACGUUUCAAGAAUGAUUAUAAUAACUUGUCAGAACCAGAGCAAUUUGGAGUAGUGAUGAGCAGCAUCAAGAAGCUGCGUCCACGGCUGAAUGCGAUUCUAUUCAAGCUUCAGUUUGAAGAGCAGGUGACUAACAUCAGACCUGACAUUAUGGCUGUCACUACUGCAUGUGAGGAGAUAAAGAAGAGCAAGAACCUUGGCAAACUGCUGGAGCUGGUGUUGCUGAUUGGAAACUACAUGAAUGCUGGGUCUCGAAAUGCUCAAACAUAUGGCUUCGACAUCACCUUCCUGUGCAAACUGAAUGAUACCAAAUCAACAGACCAGAAAAUCACAUUUCUGCAUUUCCUAGCACAAAUUUGUGAGGAGAAAUAUCCAGAUGUUUUGAAGUUUACAGAUGAUCUACAAAAUGUGGACAAGGCUGCUAAAGUAUGUGCAGAAAACUUGGACAAGAGCCUUAAGCAGAUGGAGAAACAGCUUCAACAGCUUGAAAAGGAUUUGGAGACUUUUCCUCCAGCAGAGGACAUGCAUGACAAGUUUGUGACAAAGAUGUCCAGUUUUGCCAGUUAUGCCCGUGAAGAGUACCAUAAACUGGCCAACAUGCACAAAAACAUGGAGAAGCUGUACCAUGAUUUGAUGCACUAUUUUGUUGUCAAUCCAAAGAAGGUCACAGUAGAGGAGGUUUUUAAUGAGAUCAGUAACUUCAAAUCCAUGUUUUUGCAAGCUGUUAAAGAAAACAUGAGGCAGCGAGAAGCAGAAGAAAAGCUGAGGCGUGUCAGGCUGGCCAGAGAGAAGGCAGAGAAAGAAAAACAGGAGAGACAAAAAAAGAAGCAACAUCUGCUGGAGAAGAAUUCAGAGGGUGAUGAGACAGGAGUGAUGGAUAGCCUGCUGGAGGCGCUACAGUCGGGUGCUGCUUUCAGAGACCGAAGGAAGCGGACACCAAGGCCUAAAGAUACUCGGCAGAGCACAAGUCCAAAUUCACAAUGUCCUGUUUUGAAGACAUGGAAUCAAGAAAAUCAAAAGGCACAAAUGGAAAGGUCGCGUUCUCGCCAGAAUAUCCACUUCAACGCAACAAGAAUUCCAAUCGGCAAGGAACUCAGUUAUGAAGUAGAGGCUCAUUCAUCUACCACAAGAAGUAAAGCUGUCAGAAAAAGGGAGGGACAUGCUGUUUUAGACAUCAGGGAGAAGGAAAUGAAAGCUAUUAGUUCCAGUGCUAAAGGUGAUGCUGUUCCUGAAGUAGAAGCACUUCUGGCUAGGUUACGUGCUCUAUAGAGCCGAGAUCAGCACAGAUCUAACUAUGCUGAAAAGCUCUGAAAUGCUAAAGCCAUAAUAAGACCAAGCCAGUGGCUAACUUCAGAUGUAAAUUCCCAAAACUAUUGGUAUAGGCACUUUGUGAAUUGAGAAAAGCCAGUAAUGAUUGAAUUUGAGAUUAAAGAGCAGAAACCAUUUUUCAGUAUGGUAAAGCAAAGCUGCCGACCUUGUGCCUGUCUGCCCCAUGCCUGCAAUUAUUUAUCCCACUUAUCUGGGAAAUCUACUGAUCCAAAUUGACUUCUGUUUUCCUUACAGUAUCUUGCCUCUAAAUCAGAUUAUGCUUCAACUAUUUUCAAUUUGCAAAGUAACACAUCCAGUGUGUUUGCAAAAAAUCAGCAAGGUCUCAAACCAUUUUUAAUUUUAAUCACCUUUAAAUCAGAAAUACAAGAUUUUAUUCAACUGCAACAGUGAAUUCUUCAAUACAUAAUGGCUAAAAAUUUGAUAGGAAACUACCUUAGCACCCACUGUGUGAACAGAGAUAUUUUGAUUGUUCAAUUAUUUGCUUCAUAAUGGAAUAUAAUUUGUUUUUAACAAUGUGGGACUAGGCAAGUACUCAGAAACCUAAUAUAAAUUAUACCAUACUUCCUUGCCACCUAUCGCAAAAAUUAUUAUUUAACACAAACUACAGUGGGGUGCGUAUUUAGCAGGGUAUUGCAAUAACAUUGCUUAUGUACCAAAGAACAACAUAAACUGCAUAAAACUGAAUUUAAGACAUUGCAUAUAUAAACAUUUGUAGAACUGUUUUCUCUAAAAUAUUCAUAUCUAUAUAUAUAAUAUAUUCUUUACAUUCAUUUAUUUCACAUGAUUGUUUACAUUGACUGUUGGAGCAACAUUUUAUUUUGUUAAUUUUUAUCAUACUUAUUCUUUGAAGCAAAAAUAUAUAAGCAUCAAAGCAAUCUAGUUAGACACAGUGCAAGAUGCUGCUCGCCAUCAUUAUAUCUUUACAGCAUUAGCUAUUGAUUAGACUUUGAUGUAACAAGUUAAUUUGUUACCCAUAUAUUCUGAACAUGCUAUUUGUUACAUCUGAACAUAUAAACUAUCAUUUAUUAUUUUUAUAUUCAUUUCUCUUCAUGUACUUCCUGAUUUUGUAUAACCUGUUGUUUUACAUUGCAAGCAGACUGCUCAUCUCUCCUUGUACUGUCAAGUCACUUCCAACUGGCUAUCAUCCACUUUUCAGGAUCAGUGUUGAUAAGAACAAAAUAAUACCUUUGCACACAUUAUGCAAGGUAAAAAAGGUCCAGGAAUGUAUGGCAGAAAGCUUUAAAACUGCCUUUUGAAUUUGAGUUUAUUUGGACCAAAUGGUAUACCAGCACUAACAUUCAACCACACACAUCUGUAAUUCAGUACACAUAUUCAUUAUUGUAUACCUGAAUAGUGAGAGUGAACAAAUGCAUUCAUAGCCUAAAUUUAUUUAAAACUAUUGAUAGGUUUUGUACAAAAUUAUGCAAUUCUUCUUGUGAUUUGGCAUUGCAAAUAAAUUUCGCAAGGAAGUUUAAUACUUACAAAUUAUACAAACAUUUCUUGCCGUAAAACAUAUAUAAAUGUAUUAGUAAGGUCCUUACAUAUAACAUUUGUAUCUGCUCCAUAGCAGAACAGACUUAUUAGAAAUUUACAUGUUCCAAAUUUCUAAGGGCAUUACUCACUUUGUCAUUAUGCUUGCUGGUCUGACUUCCUGUCUUAAUUCCUUAAUGUAAUGGGUAAUGGAUAUUUAGUUGAU